GAGGCUUGAGGCAGUGCGGUAGAAUGGUUGGGAGGGGGAUUGGAAGGAAUGCAACGUCUAGGCUCUGGCCUGGUCCUGAACAGGGGAUGGACGGGUACGGAUAGGAAGGAGGUGGAUACACGAGACAUAAUUCAGUAUGUGUGGAUGUGAAAAUAGCAGCAUCGCAAGAGAUCUGGGCCAGCACAGAAAAACGCACACGACCAGUCCGGAAAGCAUAAACCCUCGAUAUCUCCAAGCAAAGGCCCAGUGCACAAGCGUACGGAGGAACAGAGGAACGAGUCUGCUCCUGGAUAGGGUCGGGGAACGGCCAGUGACCAGUCAGACAUGUUCUAGUAAUUCUCCGGGGUGCCGACCAGUCCGAGGGCCCAGCGAGCUCUUCUGGGACUGGGAGUCUGGGAGAGUCUGGGAGUGGGAGGCCAGUGUACUGGGCCAGGGACGAGGUCACGUAUCAGGCUGGCAGGGGGAACUGGCCGGAUUCUUAUUCGAUGGCCGGGGCCCGUCCCCUGGCCGAGAUGGGACGGGGGGGGGGGGGGGGGGAGGGACGGUUGGUCGCUUGAACGCUGACCGGGGCGGAGAAUGGAGAGAAAAAGGCCUGGGGCGGGCCAGCGACGACUCACAUAGAAUAGAAUAGGCGGGACUCUGUAGACUUCUGUUCUUCUGUUUGCCAAGGGAAGGGCGGGAGUCUGGAGGUGG